AUGAGGAACCACACAGAGCUGUCUGAGUUCAUCCUUCUGGGAAUCCCACAGACUCAGGGCGUAGAGAUGAUGCUCUUUCUCCUCUUCCUCUUUAUUUACCUCUUCACCCUGAUCGGAAAUUUACUCAUCCUAAUAGCAAUAGUUUCCUCCUCUGCCCUUCACACCCCCAUGUACUUCUUCUUGGGAAUCCUGUCUAUUUUUGAUAUUUUGUUCCCAUCAGUGACCUGCCUCAAGAUGCUCUUCUAUCUCUCUGGUCAAAGCCGAGCCAUUUCUUUCAAGGGCUGUGCCACUCAGCUCUUCUUCUAUCAUUUCCUGGGAGCCACUGAAGGCUGUCUCUAUUCUGUGAUGUCCUAUGACCGCUUUGUGGCCAUCUGCCAUCCUCUCAGGUAUACACUUAUCAUGAGACCUGGAGUCUGUGUGGGUUUGGCCAUAGCAGCCUGGUCCGUGGGCUGUCUUCAAGCUACUAUUCUGACCUCUUUCACUUUUAAGUUGACCUACUGUGGCCCAAAUCACGUGGACUACUAUUUCUGUGACAUCCCUGCUAUCUUGCCCUUGGCCUGUGAUGACCCCUCUCAGGCACAGACAGUGGGUUCCACUUCUGUGGGCUUCCUAGCUCUAAUGCUUUGGUUCACUGUGUGUGUCUCCUACACACGCAUUGGGAUUGCCAUUUUAAGAAUCCGCUCAGCAGAAGGCAGGAAGAAAGCCUUUUCCACCUGCAGUGCCCACCUCACUGCAAUCCUCUGUGCCUUUGGACCAAUCAUCAUCAUCUACCUGCAGUCCACACCCAACCCCUUGCUUGGUGCCAUCGUGCAGAUAUUAAACAACAUUGUCUCUCCCAUGCUCAACUCACUCAUCUAUUCUUUACGGAACAAAGAAGUGAAAAGAUCCUUAAAGAAAGUGUUCCACAAUGUUGUGUUUACUGCUCUGGAAUAA